AUGUAUGUAAGCUAUAAAAAGAAUGAUGGUACACAAGUUAAAGUUCCAUUAGACAACAACUGCUACUUAAACUUAUAUGGAGACGAACAAAAGAAAUAUUUAAGAGUUUAUGAAAUGGUAGAUAUGACAUUGCCUGACCCAGCUCCAGCACCAUAUUAUUAUGACUAUGGAGAUGACGACAGAACACCACGUGUAGAUGAACAAAAGCUAACAUUAUAUUUAGAUUAUUAUAGAUAUAAAAGAUAUAAUGCAAUAGAAAAAACGAGAAUAGUAUAUUAUUAUACAGAUGACAGAAAUAAAUAUUAUAGUCAAGAUUUUACCUACCCUGAAAACAUAAGAUUAUAUUAUAAAAAAUAUUCUAACACAAACCAGAAGAAACCUGAAAUAGUUGCACUAUAUUUUAAGUUCAAAAGAGACAAUCCUAUAAUAUCUCAUAUGUUUGAUUUAAUGAACCCAGUAGGUUCUAUUUAUACAUCUAUGGAUGCAAGAGGUCCUCAAGUAAUGUUUGGUGUUGGUGCAUGGGAACAAAUAGUUGACAGGUUUUUGUAUUGUGCAAACUCUUCAAAGGAAACAGGGGAAAGUAAAACGAUUUCAGGUGAAAAUUUACCUGCACACAGUCACUACAUAGAUUUAAGUACAUCUCAAGCGGGUUGGCAUAAGCAUAGAUAUUGUGAUUGGUCAGGAAUGACAAAAGGUAAAGGAUAUGAUGUUAAAGACGACGUUAAGUUUGCUAUAAAUUGUUACUGGAGUGACACUCAGGGAGAAGGAAACCAUACACAUUUCGUUUCAGGAUAUACACAAACAACGGGACAAAGUAAAGAAUACAUGCCACCAUUUAUGACUGUAUUCGCAUGGUAUAGAGUUCAAUGA